UUUCUUUUCUUUUUUUUGCGUGUGUGCGAGUGCCACAAACUUCAUCGUGCAUGUCGAGUUUGUCAGUCAGGAGUGUGCACGGUACCGGCUCGAGGAGGGGGGAAGGAAAAAGAUGAUGCUGAGCGUGUUGAAGUUUACGUGCGCCAUUGUGACCAGGGCGCUCUUUCUCUUCGUGUCGCUGGCGGGUGUGUGGCGGGUGACGUGGGUGAAGGGGGACAACAUUUUCUGGCUGCUCACGCUGCUCUUCGUGCCGCUGCUGCUGGAGAUGAUCGUCACGCUGAAGAGGAGAAAAGGUCAAGAUUACAAAUGGUUUUCCCCUCCCAUCUUUCUCUUUCUGAUCAGUAUCAUCCCCUCCAUUUGGAUCCUGGAGCUCCACUACCAGCAGGACAAAGCUGGCGACCCUCAGUGCAAGAAGCUCGACUCGUGGGAGAACGUGAAACGAGUGAUCACCCUGAACGAGACCACGGGGGAAAACCUCACGUACCAGAACUACCUUGAGAACAUCAACCAGGCGUUGUGCUCCAAUGAGUGGAUCCUCGCUCUUCAUCAGAUCCUGCUUAUUCUCCUCAUCGUGGGAAAGUGGCUCCUGCCCCUGGGGGGCGGCGUCACCAGGGACGAACUCUCCCAGCUCCUUCUGAUCUUCGUCGGAACGGCGGCGGACAUCCUUGAAUUCACGAGUGAGACGCUGUCAGAUGUCAAAGAGAACAGUCCUCAGUUGGUCUAUAUCAUCUUAGCUGUAUGGACGUGGAGCAUGUUGCAGUUUCCUUUACAUUUGGCUGUGGUGAACUCCAAGUCAGACUCGGUGGACGAGCAGGAUGUACGAGAGGUUUCCCUUCUGACCAAACACAGCACGGACAUCUGGAGUAUUGUGGAGGCCUUGUUUAUCCAGGACGGCCCCUUCCUGAUGGUGCGACUCACUGUCAUGACCUUCUUCGACGUCUUCCACCAAAUGCUGGUCUUCUUCGCCAUCAAGAACUUCCUGGUGGUCAUUUUGAACGUGUACAGGCUGGCCGUCAUCUGCCAGGACUUCAGACCUUCUCGGCGUGGCAGUGGCCUGGGCACUACCAUCCCGUAAUUAGGUGGAAUCAAAUCUCCAGGGCAAAAGGGAAACCAAGUGAUUCUUGACUGUAUUGAUUGCACGGUAAUACUUUUGCUUUGUCUUCAUUAGUCCCUCAAAGUCACUUCCCCAGAAACUCUUUUAAACCAUGUCCCUGCACUUGACGCCACAUUCAAUCUCCAUGCUUAAUCCUUCUGUUGCUAAAGUUAAAGUCCCAAUGAUCGUCACACACACAUCUGGGUGUGGUGAAUUUUGUCCUCUGCAUUUUACCCAUCCCCAUGUGAUUCUGAUCCAUCCCCUGGGGGAGAGGGGAGCAGUGAGCAGCAGCGGUGCCGCGCUCGGGAAUCAUUUGGAGAUCUAACCCCCCAAUUUCAACCGUUAAUGCUGAGUGCCUAGCAGGGAGGCAAUGGGUCCCAUUUUUAUAGUCUUUGGUAUGACCCGGACGGGGUUUGAACCCACAACCUUCCAGUCUCAGGGCGGACACUCUACCACUAGGCCACUGAGCUGGUUGUACAGAUUGAUAAAUUCUCAUCAAGGAUUGGACUGGAGUAACCGGUGGUGCUAAAACUGAAGACACCAGCAGACCAACUGGAAAAGAGGAAGCGGGACAGGAAAAAAAAGGAGUGUCUGUUGGUUUCUGGAUCCUUCUGAAAGUGUGUCAGCACAACAGAAAAAGCGAAAUAAAAAUAGUCGUCAAGCCCUGAUAAGAUAAGACUUUCUGUUCCAAUUCUUGCAGUCUGAGCAUGAAGGUUCGAAGACAUGGGAAAGCGUCUUGUCAGUGCUGACGGCAUUGGGAGAUUGGACCAAGCGUUUGAACUCAGUCAGGAAGGUGAAACAGAUCAUACUCACGCGUAAACACCGGUUAAUUAAAGUAUUUCAUCUAAUGCUGACUCAGAUGGUUCAUUCCUGUUUUUAGCAAGACAGUAACACAAUUGUCAAGCAUUGGUUGUUUUUAUAUCUGCUAUAAAAAGACAAAUAGCACAAUAAAAAUCUCCUGAAAGUGA